AUGGACAAGCGCGAGCUGACGCAGACUUCGACUUCGCUCGAAAGAAAACUGAACGCCUCCCAGUCGGAUAUACAAGAUGAGCUAGCCCAGAAAAUGAGGGAAAUUUCAGAAGGGCGUUCUGGUGCGGACAAAAAAGUAUCUGACUUAACGGAACAGCUCUGCACGCUUGAGAGAGAGCUUAGGGCCUCUCAGCCGGAUAUACAGGUUGCACAAAAUAACGAUUCAAAAUUGGAAACUGCGCAAGUUGAACUCGCUGUUCUAAAGUCGCGCUGCAAUGAUGCAGAAAAUCGUUCACGUAGAUCGAAUCUGGUAUUUUUCGGACUGGAAGAUAAAGAUAAGGAAACGUGGGCUGAAUCGGAAUCUCGCAUUAUCGAUCUUUGCGACAAAAAGAUGGGCAUAAAGAUAAAUCCGGACAAUAUUGAUAGGGCACAUCGCAUUGGAGCGUUCAACAGAGCUAAAAAAAGGCCCAUUGUAGUUAAGUUUUGUUUUUUUAAACACAAAGAAGCGGUCCUAUCUUCCGGAUACAGGCUUAAAGAUAGUGGCUUCGCUGUUAGUGAUGACUUUUCUAGGCCAGUUCAGCUGGCAAGAAGGAAACUAGUGGAAUUUGCGAAAACGCAAAACAGCCGGUUCAGGUUGCGAAUGGACCGACUGCAAUUCCAAUCGUCGUGA